AUGUACAGGAACACGGAGAAGAUGAUGACGACGACAUGUAACGAGCAUCAACUACUGGCGACAGUGCGAUCCCGAGCAAUGCCGGGCCAUCAAACAAUGGUCCGGGUUGCGUUGAUGCGACCUUGCGUGUCUUCCAAUUUCUUCUUCUCCUCCUCCUUUUUGUUCUCCUUCGUAAGAGAACCAAACCAAAUCGAUUGUAUCCUCAAACUCGCCCCAUUUCUUCUUCUUCUGCUCAAGACCCUAAAGUUGGCCGCUGGUGGGCAUCCUGCCGCGCGCGCUCGUCAACAGCGACCGCAUCCUGGAGCUCAACCAGGAGGCCCACCUCCAAUACGGGGACGUGUCUCGUGGAGGCUGGUGCACCUGCGCGGAUGUCGAUCGCUGAUCCCGAGUGCCUCAAGUGGGUGCUGCAGACCGUCAACUUCCGCAACUACGAGAAGGACCCCCACUUGGCCCACCUCCUGGGUCCGCUCCUCGGCCACGGCAUCUUCGUGGCCAACGCCGACGCCUGGAAGCACCAGCGCAUCAAGGACAUGCUGCCUGUCUUCGUCUCCGGCGCCCAGACCGUGA